AUGGGUGGGUUUGAUCUGCGCAAAUGGAACUCGAACCUAGAGGAAGUGUCGGAAGCCAUACCAGAGCAUCACCGGGGAUCAGCACACCCACUUAGUUUCAACAAGGAAGAUCGCGUAAAGGCGUUGGGAUUGGAAUGGCAUCCUCAACGAGACAUGUUUAUGUUCAACAUUCAUGCAAAGACACUAUCCACAGGCGGGCCAACUAAAAGGACAGUGGCAUCAACGAUCGCAUCUUUAUUUGAUCCACUCGGAUGGUUGCAGCCCAUUAUGACAUAUGAAGGACAGGUCUUUAUGCAAAAAUUAUGGCUUCAGAAACUGGAAUGGGAUGACAAGCUACCGCCAGAAUUAGUAUACGAAUGGCAGACAUAUCUAGCGGAAAUGACAAAUCUUCGAGUUAUUGAAGUGCCAAGAUGGAUUGGAACUACCUCCAAGGACCGAAUCGAAUUACAUGGAUUUUGUGACGCAUCGAGAACGGCCAUCGCAGCUGUGAUCUACAGUCGGAUCGUCAAGCACUCGGAGGAGCCCAAGGCUAGAUUACUAACGGCUAAAACGAAGGUAACACCGCUUGCUGUACAAACCAUACCACGCCUAGAGCUCAAUAGCGCAGUAUUGUUGGCCAAACUGAUGAAUCAAGUUAAGGCCUCAGUUGUCAGUUGGACUGAUACUGCUACCCACUACUGGACAGACUCAACGACUGUACUCUCUUGGUUAGACGACCAUCCAGCUCGAUGGAAAACUUAUGUCGGGGAUCAAGUGAGUGAAAUUCAUGCAAGCAGCACACCGGAACAAUGGUAUCAUUUGAGGACGCACGAGAACCCUGUUGACUGCGCUACACGAGGACCCCAGCAGAGCUAA